AUGAAGUUAGAGACAUCGAAUAAGUUUAAAAAGUUAUUAUUCAUUCUAUUCUUGAUAAGUGUUAAAUGUUCAGACGCUUCUGCACUUCAGCCAAAUAUCAUUUUCAUACUAGCAGAUGAUUUGGGAUUCAACGAUGUAAGCUUUCACGGGUCAUCGCAAAUUUUCACACCAAAUCUCGAUGCUUUGGCAUUUUCUGGAAUUAUUCUUAAUCGGUAUUACGUGACACCAAUCUGUACACCAUCGAGGUCAGCUCUGAUGACUGGAAAAUAUCCAAUUCACACCGGGAUGCAACAUGCUGUGCUGUAUGGUGCUGAACCGAGAGGUUUACCAUUGCAUGAAAAACUUUUACCCGAAUAUUUGCGAGCUUUGGGUUACUCAAAUCAUAUUGUCGGUAAAUGGCAUUUAGGAAGCUAUAAACGGGUUUACACACCACUAAUGCGUGGCUUUGACUCACAUGUUGGACCGUGGACGGGACAUCAUGAUUAUUUUGAUCACUAUGCAAUGGAAAAAGGAAUGACUGGUUUAGAUAUGCGUCGUGGUUUCGAUGUCGCUUAUGAUUUACAUGGUAGAUACACGACUGAUGUGAUUACUGAUGAAGCUGUGAACAUCAUCAACAAUAGAAACACUUCUCAGCCACUUUUCUUGUAUGUUGCACAUACAGCAGUUCAUUCAUCAAAUCCUUACAGUCCCUUGCCAGCACCUGAUGCAACUGUUGCAGGCAUCAACAAUAUUGAAGAUUAUAAUCGAAGAAAAUUCGCUGCAAUGCUUCAACAUCUUGACUUCUCUGUUGGAGAAAUUGUCGAAGCUUUAGCACAAGCAAAAAUUCUCAGUAACUCAAUAAUUGUAUUUAGUACUGACAACGGUGGACCUGCUGCUGGCUUUAAUCUCAAUGCAGCCUCAAAUUUUCCAUUACGUGGAGUUAAAAAUACUUUAUGGGAAGGUGGGUUACGUGGUGCCGGUUUUAUUUGGUCACCGCAUCUGAACAGUCGAGAAAUAAUUUCCGAACAAAUGAUUCACAUUUCUGAUUGGCUGCCGACGUUAUAUCACGCUGCAGGUGGUGAUGCAAGUAUUUUAAGAGACAUUGACGGAAUAAACAUGUGGGAUGUACUCUCGGAAAAUCUUCAAUCGCCACGCUCUGAAAUUCUUCAUAACAUUGACAAUAUUUGGGGAAGUUCCGCAAUUACAAUUGAUAAAUGGAAGCUUGUUGUUGGAACUAAUUACAAUGGCCAAUGGGAUGGUUGGUACGGACCUGAAGGAGACCGCAAUGUCUCAUCCUAUUUUAUAAACGACCUUCUCACAUGCAAAACUGCUAGAGCCUUGAAAUCCAUUCAAAUGCUUCCGACAACUCAUAAAGUCUUAAAAUUACGCAACGAAGCGACUGUUACUUGUUCACAAAAAGAUGUAAAUACAUGCAAUCCAUUAACAAAGCCAUGCUUGUUUGACAUACUGAACGAUCCGUGCGAGUCAAGCAAUCUCGCUGAUAAAUUUCCAAAUAUUGUCAAGACUUUGACUGAGCGAUUACUUGACUUCAAUGCAUCAUCAAUUGCACCAGGAAACUUACCGAUAGAUGAACGAGGCAAUCCAAUUUUUUUUGAUCAUACAUGGACAAAUUUUGGCGAUUUUAUUUAAUUAAUUCAUUUUUUAUUAAUUGUCCGACUUUUGACUUUUGUGUUGGGUUUACAAUGUAAACCUCUCAAAGCAAAAAUAAAAAUAACACAAAAUCUCUCCCAAAAAUGAAAAUAAAAUUACGUUCAUUGUUUUCAAACAUAC